AUGGCACCUUUCGCUAAGCUCUCUACCAUCGCUCUCAUGAUUGCCUCUGGCGCAGUGGCUGCUCCAUGGGACCAUACCACCCGACAAGCUACCCACAGCAAGUUCGCUGUUGGGCCUCGUAAGGUUGAGUUCCAAUCUUACCAUCCUCCAUCGACUUUCGAGACCUAUGGCACCGGAAUCGAUCACCCUCUUACCAAGCGUGGGGUCGAGAAUGCCGAUCCUGCUGAAGCCGCCAAAGCUUUCCUCGAAACGAAACUUGGCGUUUCUGCCGAUGAUAUCUCCCACAGGAGUGGCUCUACCUCCGACGUUGCUAAGCAUGAAUACUUCCGCCAGAGAUUUAACGGUAUUGCCGUCGCCAAUGCUGUCGCCAAUGUAGCGCUUAAGAAUAACAAGGUCGUUUCGUACGGAGCAAGCUUUGUGAAGCCAAAGUCCGUGGCCUCUACGACUCCAACGCUGACCAAGGAAGAGGCCAUUGCAAAAGCCGAAGCGGCUACGGAUGCUAAAUAUAAUGACUGGCCUACCACUCUCGAGGCAUGUGCAGCUAUCCCACAAGUAAACGAGGAAACUGGCGAGUGGUACGAGGCAUACGUCGAUGCCAGCAAUGGGGAAAUUGUCAAUAUGAUUAACUUUGUGCACAAAGCCAGCUACCGCGUUGUUCCGUUCACCUCGCAGGAUCCGGAGGACGGCUUUACCACUGUGACCGAUCCCCAUGACACUGUUGCUUCACCCAACGGCUGGCACCAGUACGGCACUACAACCACAACUUCUACAUCCGGAAACAACGUUCUCGCAUACAAAGGCUCGACCACUGCCACAACCUCGCAAUCGAGUGCCGGGAAUAACUAUGAUUAUACUUUGGACUCGACAGCUGCGCCUGCUACUAGUAUUGAUGCCGCACGUGUCAACGCAUUCUACGUCGCCAACAUGAUUCACGAUCUAACGUAUCGUUACGGCUUCGACGAGGCGUCUUACAAUUUCCAACAAGAUAACAACGGAAAAGGAGGAGCCCAAAACGACCGUGUCCAGAUUUCUGUCCAGGAUACCGCGUAUACAAACAACGCAGACUUCUCUACUCCUCCGGAUGGACAGUCGGGUAAAAUGCGCAUGUUUGUUUGGACGUAUACUAAUCCGAGGCGGGAUGGAGCUUUCGAGAACGAUAUUGUCACACACGAGUAUGGACACGGCAUCUCGAAUCGAUUGACCGGAGGAGGAACUGCACGGUGCUUAACAACUCAGCAAAGCUGGGGGCUGGGAGAAGGCUGGUCUGAUGCACUUGCAGACUGGACCGAGCAAACGAGUGAGGCGAAGGCCCUUUCGGACUUUACUAUGGGCGAAUAUGUCACUAAGAUUGCCGGCGGUAUUCGAUCUUACCCGUACUCUACUAGCAAGUCAGUCAACCCGCUAACCUAUGCCUCGCUUGCAUCUCUCGGAAAUGAAGAACAUGCUGUUGGCGAGGUCUGGGCUUUGAUAUGGCACGAGAUUUACGCUAGUUUGAUCAAUAAACUUGGAUUCUCGACUAACAAAAACGAGUCGACGGGUACUGCUGGAAACAUUGUUGCACUUCUCAAACUUCAGCCUUGCAAUCCUACCUUUAUCACUGCUCGAGAUGCCAUUAUUCAGGCGGACGCAAACCGGUACGGCGGGGCCAACAAGUGUGCACUUUGGGCAGCGUUCGCCAAGCGUGGUCUUGGCUCAAGUGCUACAGAGACUCGUCGGGAUAGCACUACUCUUCCAAGCGGAUGCUGA